GCGGCGAUCGAGCGUGGCGCCCCCUGGCGGGCGGGGGCUGAGAGCGGCCACGGGGCCCCCGGGCCACCAGCAGCGCUCCGAGAGGGAAGGUCGCGGGGAAGGGGCCGCUGUCUGUCACCUGGCUGUGGGCUGGGGGCUCUGGGGCGGGAGGCAGCUGCAGGCCCCACCGGCUGAGCAGGGCGAGGAGGAAGCACAGCUUGCUGCGAAGGUGCUGGAAGCACUCUAAGGCUGCUCCCUGGUUAAUGCCUGACGUUUGCGAAGGGAAGCGUGGGGGGCUGAGUUGGGACCGUGCCACCCGUGUUCUGGGACCUCAAAAACAGACAUAAAAUCAGUGUUCCCACUUCUGUGGGGUGUAGCUGUGUAAAACCAUCCUGUCUGCCCCAACAGAGGUGACAGGACGAUCUGGGAAGAACCGCUUAGGAUGUGGAUUGUCUCGAGCAAUUGUGCAAGCAGUUGUCUGCUGCGUAACUCACAGUUGUGGCAUAUUUUUCAGCUGAAACAGUUGCCACACACACAGUGCACGGGUUACACCAGUGACAUACACGUCUCCGUGCUUCUGCCCCGGGUCUCAGGUUCCCAGCUGCUGGGAAAUGGCCAGCACUGUGCAGCAAGGCCAUCUCCCACCCUGGCUUGUCUCAAUCUUCCUGUCUGCUUUCUGUCUAAUGCACUUUCUGGAAACCUGCCUCCUUCCUUGGGGCUGGUCCCAAAGGAGCCUUAAUGGGUUUAAUUCAGCCACUAUUGCAGCAAGAUGAUUAAUAAUUGAAUAAAUGAAGACACUGCUGAGUAGAGACGAAGGAACAGAUGACCACAAAGGAAAGGGAAAGAAUGGUCCACUGGAUGUCUGCCAGUCCCACCCCUCUGCGUUGCUAGAAGCACCUUGCUCCAGCAUGGCCCCCAGCAAGCAGGUCUGGGGGCUGGAGAGUGAUUGCACCUUGGACCCAUGCGAGGGGCUCCACAUUAGCUGCUCCCUCUCACUGAGGAGCAGUCACCUUCUCUCUGUCCAUGGCAAGGGCUGAGUGCCCAUUUUGGGAGCUGGGCUGCGCAAUGGGGAGAUGCCUUGCCUGUGCAGGAUUGGAGGAUGAAAGCUGGAUGCAAGCAAGAGCAGGCUCUUCCUACCAACUGCUCCAAGGCAGGGGCCGCAGCAGCAUGGAGCCAGAACCAGCCUACAGUUAGCUGUUUAGAGCACCCUGUGGUGCUGCUGGGCAGUGCCUUGGGGCUCUGCAGGAAUUUGGGGGGCUGCUUUCUGGUGGGAUUAGGUACCUUGCAGUUAGGCAGGUUGUGAGAUGCUCAGAGUGGGUGCAGGGCUGUCCUGAGCUGGUCUGAUCCUCUGCUUCAGGUUUCGUGGGGAGGUGAUGGGAGAGGGCUGGAAGUGAGUGGGGCAGGGGGAAGAUGGGCUGGGCACCACUGCAGCUGCCCAGCAGGUCCUUCUCAGAAUCCAGGGCUGGGUUUCCUCUGAUCAGGUGUGCCUUCCUUUUGCCCAGUUCCAAGAGGCUGGGCUGUAGCUUGGAGGCAAAGGGCAAAAGGAGAGUCUGUCAUGGGGGUGUCUGUGGGGACAGAUGCUUCUCAGCUUAAUCUUGACCCAAAGGACUUGCAAGCCACAGGGAACAAGAAAUGGCAGGAGAGGGGCCAGAGGGGAUGUCAGGGGCUGUGAGCCCUGACCAGGCAGAGGGACACUGUUCCCAAGGCUAGGAGCUGCAGGCUCCCUGUCCAGCUGCCCUCCCCAGCCAGAACUGGGAGAGUCUCAGGGUGCCGCUGCCACGCUCCUCACCCUCCCGUGGCCUGGCCCAGGCUCAGCAAGAGCACAGAUUGCUCCUUGUUUCAGCAAGAAAAUACAGGCACAGAGAGCACCACAGUCCCUCCUCUGUUAUCCAGCUGGCUGGGCUGGAGCAGGCGGGCACAGGGCUCUGUGCAAAGAUCCUGCUCUCUCUGCCCUGGAGGUGAGACCUAAAACAGGCUUCCAUGCUUCAGCCACCCUUGGAGACACCCUAGGACACAAAAUCCUGAGCUCCCUGAAGCAGAGAAGCUAGCCCUGGUGGGUACACCUGCAGGGAAGUGGUUGUGACAGUCUUUCCACAAAUGCAAUAAUGGUACCACAAAUACAAACCUGGUGAUGAGGCUGAGCAUACAAAUAUGGGACAAAAAUGUUUUCUGAGCUGAAGUGCCCACAUGGUGCGGAGUAAGAACUGGGUCUUGAGUGCAGGGUGAUGGCUCAGACCCAGCAGGAGUGUCUUUGGCAAAGCAAAAGGCAUGUGGAAGCCUCUAGGGCAGGUGGAGCCUGCACAUGAAGGUUUAUUAUCUUCUGAUCCCAUUUUUUGAAUACUUUAGGCAAAAUGGCCGCUGCUGAGUCCUUGUCAGCUAAACUCAUCACAGAGCCUUUGUAGGAAGCAGCCCUGGGCUGCUACAUGGGGCAGUGAGCAGAGAAGGGAAGGGACUGUUGUCACUCAGCAGGACUGCCACUGCCCAAGCGCACAGGGAGCUAAGGAGCCUGAGGGCAUGCUGUGAUCCCUACCUUCAUCCUGGGUGAGCUCCCCUACUUGACCAGGUUCUGCAAGGACGGAUGCAAACCCAAGCAUCACCAGGUGUGUUCUCUGCACUAAAGACUCAGGAGCUGCCUCCCCUUUUCCAGGAAUCCAAGAACAAAGCUGAGCAUGGCUUGCAGCUGCAUCUCCAGGCCAGGACUUUGCUGGGCCAGCUGCCCAGGUGAGGAACUCGCUGGAGAGCAGGGCCUGGAGGUGAGCAGUGCUUGCCAUCUGCUGGAGAGCUUCUCCACUGCAGGUGCCCUGCGUGUACCCUGGAAAAUGGCAGAAACUGCAUUUCCUCCUUGCUGCGUGUUUAGACGUUUCUGUCUUUCUGCUGACAUUUACUGCAAAUAUUGAUCUGGAGGCAUAACCUAAUAUAGAAAUUCCAGUCCCAGGCUUUCACUGCAGUUUCACAGGAGUACUGCAGACCUUACAGCCCUGAAAGAGCAGCUGGCCCAGGGAAUCCAACACGAACAGUUCCUGCAUGCAGUCAGGAUCCAUGCAGGCUCAGGGUCUGUCCAGCCCAUCAGUGAUGCCUCCAGACGUGGGCGCUGCAGAUCUCUUGAAGAGAAAGGCAGCUCUGUGCUGACUCCCUUGAAUGCACACCCAGGCUCCAGCCAUUCUCAUUUAACAAAUUUUCUUGAGCCGAUCACUUUGAAAUUCAUGCCCUGGCUCAGACACAUGGAAAUUUCCUUGUGAUCCCCAUGCCCCUCAGCAAGAUCUCCUCUGAGAUCUCAUCUGAGAUAUCGCUUGUCUUUCUCAGGGCUGCAGAACCCUGCAGCCGCUGACUACUCUGAUCCUUCUCCUUCUGUUUCCAGCUGAUCUGCUCCCAGUUUGAACCCAAGUUCCCACAGUGGCGAUGAGGCAGCUCCCAGGGGCACUGCGAUAACAUGACCCUUGAUGAAACUCCAGAAGUGAGUCAUGGUGGUGGAGCAGGCUACCUUCAGGGCUAAGAAAAGACUUCGUCCUGCAUCCCAAACCUGUUAUUAUAGUGAAUCCAAAGACACCAUGUGUGGCUUCUAUUGAAAGCUGAAACACACCAUACGGCAGAGGCUUUACAGACUCCAUAAAUAGCUGCUGUUUAGGAUGUAUGGUGUAUGGAGGAGGCUUUAGAAAUCAAAAUAUUUAGAGAUUUGCAUUAUUUGUCUUGGCAGAAAGGAGCAACCAAGACUGAAAUACAAAAUCAUCCUUCAAGGAAGGAAUGGAGUUGAGGAAAACAGUGAAAUGUGGGAAUAACAGAGGUGUCAAAACCUCCAAGAAUUCCCUCUGCAAUGAAUGAGAGCAAGAAACACAGCCCAGCAUAUCUGAAAGCAGCAAGAAUUCAUUCAAAACGCCUAGGCACAUAUAUAUUUCUGAUAGAAAAUACUGAUUUUCAAAAAGAAUUGUGACAUUUCCAUCAACAGCACAUUUGAAUACUGCAAGAACUUCUAGAACACUCAGCUAAAAGCAGCUCCAAGCUGGGCUGCGUCGGUGUGAGCUGCAUGAGUGAGGCUGUCUCCAGCUCAUCCUUCAGCCUGUUCUCCUCCUCUCUGUUUUAUUCUAGUCCCCACGUGGAGCUGUGUAACAAGAACACUAAGACUGGCCUGAAUCGGGAACAUGUGCAGAUGCUGGGUGUGAAAGCACUGGUGGAAAUCAUAGGAACAGGGCUACAAGUGGGAAGUGUUGGUGGCACAUAGGUUAGCAGGUCAUCAUGAUUCCAGAGUGUCAUGGUUUUCUCAUCUCAUCUCAUCUCAUCUCAUCUCAUCUCAUCUCAUCUCAUCUCAUCUCAUCUCAGUGUGGUUUCCCAGUCUGCCACUUGGUCAAAUCUGUCUCCAAGCCUGUUUUCAGCACCCCCAGCCUCAAUCUGCUGUCUGCUGCUGGAGGAAAGUGAGUCAGCUUGGUCUGGUACCUUGGGCAUGUCAGACCGUCCUGUCUGUCAUCUGGCGGCACAUCUAUCAGUCAUACGUGGCCGGGCUCAUGAGGACACGGAUGUGUGAGGGGCCUGCCAAGUCCAGACAGCUCCUGCCUGUGCUUCACCCACCCCUUCCCCAGCAUCCCUGAGCAGCAGUGCAGGAUGGCAGCAAUCCCAGCGAGGUGCAGAGAAACAAAGGGAUGUGCCAAAGUCUUUACUGCUUCAAAGGCAAAGCUGGGGGCUGAGCUAUGAUGGCUGCAGAGGGACUGUGGGGUGUGGGCUGAACCGGGGCAGAGAGACACCCACACAUGGUUUCACCCCAGUCCAGUUUUGCUGAUGCUUAGUAACACAGUGUUUUAGUGAAGCAAAAGGCUCUGGGCAUAAGAGAUCUUUCAGUGCCCUCUAGCCCACACCUUCUGAAAGGUUUGACUCAGUUUCACAAAGUUCAGUCUGCUGAGUUGUGGUGAUGGUGUACAUCGUAUCCUGGAGCACUUGAGAGCCCUGGGCCUAGAAUCAGCUCUUCAGCUGGUGCACGGAAUCUUCUCACUUCUCCCACUGAGUUCCUCCUCUGGACUUCUACAAGGCCACCAUGUUGGGCAGAGGUUUCUCAUGUCUAAAUGUUCGUCCCCCACAGAGGAGCCCAGUGGUUGCAGCUGUGGUUAUUCAGCAGCCACGAACUGCACCAGCACCAGCAAUACCUUGCUCUUGCUCUUCCUCUGCUUGCAUGAGUCUUCAUCCAUAAGCCUUUUCCUGGAGGUCAGCAGAGCCCUUCCUUGGGACAUAAUGAUUCUGAGAAGAGCUUCCAGACAAUGAUUGACAUUAUCACUGUCCUAAACGGCACCAGCUGAGCCAGCAAAUCUCUUUUGUAUGUGUAUAUGGCUGCUGGGACAAUGCCAGAAGAAUGUCAAUUUUACGUCACUGGAACAAAAUAAUAAUAUAAGCCAAACUCCACCACACCUACAUCAUCAUGAACUUCUAAAACUCUUGGUGAAGGUUAAUGGCCAAUUCUUGUGUCUAUGGAUAACACAGUGAUAUUUAAGCUGUCAUGGCAUUUGUGGAAGUGCAAUGUAGCAACAGCAUCAGUUCCCUAAUGAGUUGCUGCAAGUGAUGGGUAGGAGAUGGGAAGGACGGGCGAGGAGCCCAGACUUAGGACAGCACUGUGCUCUACCCUCUGCUCUGCAUAGUUACAUGCUGGCGGUGCCCUGGUUCCAUGAAGAAAGCACCAUUGCUCUGGGGGCAGUGCUGCAAGCAGGACACAGUGGCUGCAUGCCUUGCUGACCUGCUGAGCGGGAAGCAUAGCUGGCAUGAUCCAUGGCUCUUCCUGCUGCCCUGGCUGCAGAGUCCACUGCGCUGUAUUUCUGUAAUGCAGAUAUUCUAGAUUCAUGUGCCAUCUGUGCUCAUUCUCUGUCCAUUGCCAUGUGACGUCUAGGCAAAAUCGCCUGAAAUACUACUUCUAGGUUUUCUAUUUCUAGGUUUUGGUCUGAGGAAAGAAAAGGAGAGUUUGUCAUAUCCUGUUUUCUCUUAUUUCAGAGUAUCUUGUCAUGGUAUAUCACUUGCCACAUCCGGGCACUACUGCCCAUCGGGGCUCUGGGUACUUCUCUUCACAGGAUGGUGUAGGACUCCACACUCUUUACACAGAAUUUCUUGACACUGCACUUCUUCCAUUGUGUCAUACUGUCUAUCUGCCGCAUCUUGUCAUGUUUCCAGCCUUGCGCCCCUUUAUAAAGCUAACUGAGCCAAGGGGUCCCGCAUCAGGCAGAGCAAAGGACCCUUUGCCACAGUCUAACCUGACUCCUACAGUUUAUCUCCACCGAACGGGAGCAUGAAGUCCUCCACAGCUGCCAUUGCUGUUCUCAUUGUGGCUGCCCUCUGCUACCAGGUCUCCUCUACUACACUUGCUCUCAGGUCCCGCGGACCCUGCUGCUACAAAUUCUUAAACAAAGCGCUUCCCCCAAACAAGGUGAUGAUGUACGAGUACACAGGAAGCAACUGCCCUUACCCCGGUGUGAUAUUCACCACAUUUCAGGGGAAGAUGUGCUGUGCCAACCCCAAAGAGAAGUGGGUUCAGGACCUCCUGAAUGUGGAGAAGCACAAGGAUGGCAGCAAGUGAACUGUGCUCUGGUCCCUUCCAGCAUCACUGCAUCUGUAGACCUCGUGGGCACCUCGAGUCACGGCCCUGUUAUCUCCUUGCCUGUGCAUUUGGCAGACUGUUUGCUAUAGCAUUUACCUUUAUUUAUUUACCUAUUUAAGUGUAUGCAAAAGCAUUUUGCUUUGACUUCUUAAGGGCAAACGUUUUAU